AUGCAGAAACAACAGCUUUUGAUCCAUAAAGUGAAUGUAGUUGAACACAAUGGCGUCAAAAUGGGCACGAUAUUUAUUAAAUCGGGAUCCGUGGUGUUGGAUAUUGUCAAGGAUGCGCUGAAGAAGCUGAAUGCUGGCUUCGACUGUCUGGUCAAAACUGAAGUUCUGCGGAAUGGAAAGCGUGUAAAAGUGAAUCCGACUGUUAGGGUAAAGGAGAACGAAGACUUGACUAUUACUUUGGACUUUCAUCGUUGGGUAGGUUGCUUUACAAUUUAUUUUUUAAAUAUUUGGGUUGAAUGAGGUAUUAUAUAGUAAUGUGUUUGAUUUUUGCUCUUCAAUUCAGCUAUUUUGUGCUUAACCAAAUGAUUGAUAUUGUUUUAGCUUAGGAUGGACUCGCUGGUUGAAGCUGUAGUUUUUUCAAAGGAUAACAAGCAAUUGACGGAAACUGUUUUGAAUUAUGCGGGUUAUGGUACGUUUUCUUUGCUUUUGAGUUGCUUUUUGAUGGUAUUUUAGGUAUUUUUCUUUAGUAAAUUACCUUUAAAACACGUGUUUUGUGAAUUUUUAUAAUUUUAUACCUAAAAUUUUUUCUUUGAUUGUCUUUCACGUUUAAAUAUGACUUUAUGCAUUGUUUUGUUUUUAUUAACAAUAAGGUAAAAUUAAUGUUUUCAGAGAUAAGGGAACAGAUUCGGAAUUUGGAGGACAAUUACCUCUAUGAUGAUGGGAAACUCAGAGCCUACAGCCAAAUCUCAGACGAUGUAGUUGGCACUAUUAAGCGAGCGCUUUUGGAUUGCCUUCAGAAGGUCAAGCAAGGUGAGGCAACUUCGAGUGUCAAUGGAGUUAGGAAAGGAAAUAUUGAUGUAAGGGGCAGUCGUUUUGAAGAAAAUGGUGUUGGUAAGGGAGAAACUUCAGGACUAGAGAUUCAGAUACAGAGGGACACGGCGUAAGUUUCUUUUAUAGUUUUGCUUUGGUGUAUCAAUUAUAUUGCUGUAGCGAUGCUUUUUAAUGAAACAAUUUUUAUUUUUAAUUGUAGACAACAACGGAAGCUGAAGAAGGGCGACACUGUAUUUUAUAAUUCAAAUGCACAGCCAAAAGCGGUCUAUGUGGUCCAAAAAACGGAGAAAUUUAACUCCUUCUUGAUGACCAUGAACCCAGACGUAUUGCCUGUUUUAGCCGGUGUCUUCACUUUCGUUGUAAGAUUAUUUAUUGAAGUUUUCACUUUUUUAUGAAGCUUUUAUUUUCCACUUUUUACAUUAUAAAUUUAUUUUUAGUUUAAUUUGCCUAUGCUUAAUGUUCUCGAAUUUGUCAACUCUAUGAUCGGAUACAGAGGAAAGGAUACAUGUUUGAUUAUCGUCCCAUCUUCACAAUGGUUCUUCUCGAAGCGAUGCAACAUUAAGUUGGAUAGUAUUUUCAAAAAAGGGCUUAUGGACUUGAACGAAACUUUUGAAACUCUGCCAAAUAUCUACGUGUACUUUCUCGGAUUUCCAACUGACCCAUUAGAUGUGCACUUUAAUGGACGAUUGGGAGAAUUCAACAGGAUUUGUGAACAAAAUGCUUAUCACUUUGGAUACCUCAAUGUUUUUGCCGAAACUUCUGAAGUUAUCAGCGUUGGAACGCCCAAAAUUGAACAGUCCAAAGUUGUUGCCUGA